CUGCGCUCAUUUGCAGAUUGGAGCAUGGCGACGGACUCGCGACUGCUGCAAGGGACGCCGAUGCGGUCGGACGGCCACGCCGAGACCGAGUUUGUCCGCCUCGACAAGCCCAUGCGCCACCACGACUCGAACGCAGACGACCCGCGCUACUCGUAUGUCCCGCCCAUGAAGGUCACGGAGCGCAACGCAGCGGCGGGGACCCCGCCGUCGUCGACCGCCAGCGGCGACAGCAACGUCAUCUCGGUGCAUGGCUACAUGCACAAGCAGGGCAAGCGCGCGCUCAAGGGCCCGAUCCACAAGAGCUGGCGCAGGCGCUACUUUGCGCUCGAGAAGGCCAAGAUCUACUACUUCCAGAACGACGGCGACUGCCGCCGGUACUUUCAGACGCGCAACUCGGAGCUCGUGGUCGGCGCGAUUGAGCUCAAGGACGCGCUCCAGCUCCGCCCGUCCGCGCGCUUGGAUCUGCCAACCAAGGGUUUUGAGAUCCAUACGAAGCGCCGCCUCUGGGUGCUUUGCCCCGAGACGGACGAGGAGUACCGCAUGUGGUUCUCGGGCGUCGAGAACAGCAUCGUGCAGAACGGCGCCGGCAACGUCAUCGAGCGCAGCCUUCCGAACGUGCGCAAGUACGUCAUGAAGGGCCUCGCGACAUACCGCUUCCUCUACUUUAUGUUCCUUCUCGCCGGUCUCGUCGAGAUCGCGGGUCUCGUCUUUUGGUUUGUCGUCGGCCUGCAGCCAUGCGACCAAGCGCGACUGACUGUCGACUGCUCGACGAUCUUGAGCCAGACCAUGGACAAGUUGCACUGCGAGUCCAAGCCCUUCAACGGCGUCUUUACGCCGCCCAAGUGGUGGCUCGAGCUCGCCGGCGUCGAGACCGUCGCGUGCUUUGCCUCGCCGUCGAUUCCGCAGUGGGUCUCGUACUUUUGCCUCCUCGUCGCCGAGCUCAUCAGCUUUGUUCUCGGUGCGAUCUACUACCUCGGCAUGUGGAAGCCGGUCCGCCGCGGUGCGCACUACCUCGACGAGUUUGAACCCAAGCUGCCGGACGAACAGUGGCCGCGCGUCGACAUCUUCAUCUGCCACUACUCGGAGCCGGCCGACGAGACCAUCGACACGCUCGCGGCGUGCAUGAACAUCCAGUACCCGCCGCACUUGCUCCAGAUCUACAUCCUCGACGACGGCUACUGCAAGACCAAGUUUACUAAGGGCAACCCGGUGCCCGACAUUGAGCUCAACAAAGGCGUCAUCGAGAAGGCCGGCGACCUCCGCCAAGAGGUGGCGCAGUUCAUGUACGACCGUGUGUGCGACCCGAACGAGGAGCUCGAGGUGUACGCGUGGCGUAAGCUGCACUCGUCGGCCAACCUCCCGUCGGCGUCGCGCCCGCGCGUCGUGCCCCGCAUCGACUGCUCGCUCGGCUCGUUCCGCGACGACUACAAGUACAGCGGCCUCCCGCACGUGACAUUUGUGGGUCGCGUCAAGCCGCCGACGCACUACUCCAAGGCCGGCAACAUCAACAACGCGUGCUACAACGAGGGCGCGAUCGGCCGCUACUGCCUCAUCCUCGACAACGACAUGCAGCCGCACCCCAAGUUUCUGCUGGCGACGCUGCCCUUCUUCUUCGACUCGGAAGAGCGCAUGGGCAAGGUGAAAUACACGUGCUGCACGUCCGGCUGCAACAACAUUGCGCGCAUGUGCUGCGCGUCGUGCAAGAUCGCAAGUGUCCCGGAGGAGCAGAUGAGCUACUGCUCGCAGCAGUGCUUUGAGAACUCGAUGCACACGGCGUCGGCGCUGCACCGCCGCCAGGUCAACGGCACGAUGACGGAGAAGCACAGUAAGGGCGAGAAGACGCUCAAGUGCGUCUCGUGCGGCCACAACGUCGACAAGUACGGCGUCUGCAAGAAGUGCCACUCGGCCGAGACCCUCGAGGACGGGCUCACGGCCAACUCCAACUACUCGGACGAGGUCCGCGACAACGCGGUCGGCUUCGUGCAGACGCCCCAGUACUUUCGCGACUGCGUCCAGUUCCAGAUUGGUGACCCGCUCGGCCAUCGCAACGCGACGUUCUACGACGCGAUCCAAACCGGGCAGGACGGGUACGAGUGCGCAUCGUUCGCCGGCACGAACGCCAUCUUCCGCCGCGAAGCGCUCGACUCGAUCGGCGGCAUUCAGUACGGCUCGCUCACGGAAGACUGCUACACGGGCAUGCAGCUCUGUGGCAUGGGCUGGAAGGGUCUCUACUUCCGCAAGGACUUUGAAGGCGAAAUGUCGGAGCGCAUCCGUCUUGCCGAAGGCCUCGUGCCCGACAACGUCGCGUCGUCCCUCGCACAGCGCAAGCGCUGGGCCAAAGGCAACUUCCAGAUCAUGCUCAUGAACAAGAAGAAGAAUUACUUUGACCCGGACUGGCAGCGCCCCGUGUGCCAAGUGCCCCCGAAGCCCAAGAAGCACGGCUUCAUGCGCACGGUGUUUUACAUCAACUCGACCGUCUACCCGAUCGGGUCGAUCUGCGCCGUGCUCUUCUACUACAUCACGCUCUACUUCCUCUUCACGGGCUACGCACCCAUCUACAUGGCCGGCCUCCGCCUCCUCUACGCGCUCGUGCCCAAGCUCCUCAUCCAAGGUAUGCUCUCGGCCAUGAGCAACCGCACGGUCGAGAACAACGACGUCGUCCGGUCCCAAGAGGCCUGGUUCGCCUACGCCUUCACGCACACAUCGGCAGUCUUCGAGACCUUUUGGUGGAAGCUCACGGGCCGCGAGCCGACGUGGUUUGUGACGGGCAGCUCGUCGCGCGGGUCGACGACCGAGCUCCCGAACGUCAUUAUGUUCUUCGCGCACGUCUUUGGCGUCAUCUGGGCGCUCAUCCGGUUCUUCGCGACGUACAACUCGCUCCAGACGUCCCACGGCGCGUCGCUCCUCGUGGCGUCCAUGAUGAUGGGCAUCUUCAUCGCGUCCAAGCUCGGGCCGAGCGUGCGCAUGUCGAUCCAAGAGUACUUUGGGUGGAGCUACCACAGCCUCAUGGACCAAGGCAACUUUGUCGGCCAGUCCAUGAUCGCGUUCGGUCUCAUGUUCAUCACGCUUUGGGUCUACAUUGAAAAGCCGAGCUCGAACCCGUUCUAAUAAGAUCUGAUGCCUGUCAUGACACUAAAUACACUUUUUUCAAUCUACA